AUUCAAAGAAAAACUUAAUCAUUUCAGAUAUACCGCUGAACGUGUUUAUGAGGUAUUUUGUGGAGUAUGAAACCGGAUUCAUAGAGUGUUUUUUAGAUCAUGUGUUUGUUACUUUUUAAUAGGAUGGCUGUAGCCAUAAGAUUAACAUUUGAUUGUGUAAGAGUAUAGUGCCAUCUAAUCCGUAUAUUGUACAAACAAGUUGAAGGUUGAUUACUUAAUAGGAUGUGUAAAGCUUUGUUAAUCCGCAUUCAUAUUGGAGAACCAAGAGCCGUGUUGCUGUGUGACUUAAUAUAACUAUCAUCAUUAUUAAAUACGACUCCAUAAGAUGCGUGACUUGGAAUAAGCAGAAGAUCCCCACAUAUUAAGGCGAAAGACGAUGCUGCUCGCUGCUCGCCGUAGUGAUGAUAUAUUGAUGCUGUGAAUUUGAGUCGUACAACGACAACAGAACUGAAAUUCAAAAGUUGAUAAGGUUGAAAGAAAAUAACAAAGAGCUAUCGGAGAGGAGGAGAAGAAAACCAUGUCUGAUAAAACAUUAAAAGUUGACAUUCACAUCGGAGCCGCCGACGAGCUCCUACGCGAUCUCGAUCAAGCCAUCGAGGGUAAAGACGAUCAGAGCUUCGUUACUGGUGAUCGACGAGCGAAGGGGACAUCGCCGGGUCGGAACAGCUCGAGCGCCUCGGACUCGGGCCUUAGCUCUGAGAGUGAAAGCGUACACGAAGCCGACUACGAGGAAAGAAAAGCCUUGCUGAAAUACGUCGAGGAUCACGUGGUCGGAAGGGAUACUUGGGCAUCUGGACCAUUUGGUGAAAGACAAGUUGUUUACUGUGAUUACACAGCAUCAGGAAGACAUCUUUCGUUUAUAGAGGAUUAUAUCACUAAACAUGUUCAACCACUGUAUGCCAACACCCACACCACUACUGGUAUCAUGGCACGACAAACCACACGAUUCAGGAAGGAAGCAAGAGACAUCAUCAAGAAUUGUGUGAACGCGACAGAAGAUGAUGCUCUGAUCUUCACUGGUAGCGGGACCACUGGGGCAGUCAACAAACUGGUAUCAGCUCUUAUGCUCACGGGUGAAAGAGCCAAGAAAGCGGUUGUGUUCAUUGGGCCAUACGAGCAUCACUCUAACAUCCUACCAUGGAAAGAGUCGGGAGCUAAGGUUGUACGGAUUCGAGAUGACGAGCAUGGGAUGGUGAAUUUGAAGUUGUUGGAAGAAUCUCUCGAAAUGUAUCAGAAGAAAGGUCGGCUUCUGAUUGGUUGUUUCUCAGCAGCGUCAAACGUCACCGGCAUCAUCUGCAAAACUGACCCCGUGGUGGCGCUCUUACACAAAUAUGGCGCUUUAUCGUUCUGGGAUUAUGCAACAGCGGGUCCAUACCUGAGGAUAGACAUGAAUCCUGCGCACACCGGAAUCGAGGGGGACUGCCGAAAAGAUGCCGUCUAUCUGUCACCGCACAAGUUUGUCGGAGGAGUUGGCACACCGGGAAUCCUCAUCGCGAAGAAGAAGCUGUUUCUCAACGCUGUACCUCACUCCGUCGGCGGCGGCACUGUUUUAUAUGUAACACGAGACACACACCAUUACCUGCAUGAUAUUGAAGAGCGUGAAGAAGGAGGAACGCCAGCUAUCGUCGAGUCUAUCCGAGCCGGACUGACCUUCAAAGUAAAGAACAGCAUAGGGACCGACAUCAUCGGAGAGAGAGAGAAAGAACUCACUUCAAUUGCCUUCUCGAGAUUGAAGAGGAAUGGAAACAUCAUCUUCCUGGGCAGCACGAAGGCAGAUCGACUCCCUAUCUUCUCCUUCUUGAUCAUCCAUCCUAAGACAGGCAAGAUGCUUCAUCAUAACUUCAUCGCAGUCCUCCUUAAUGACCUCUACGGUAUACAGGCCAGAGGUGGAUGCGCAUGCGCAGGACCUUAUUCUCAGGAUCUAUUGGGCAUAGAUGAGGACCUUGCUGCUAAGUUCGUAUACUUCCUGAAAGAUGACAGUGAGUUGAAAAAGAAGAAAUCUAAGCAACUCAUUGAGAAGCUGAAGAAAACGCCAGCACCACUAGAAAUAAUGAAACCUGGGUUCAUCCGUCUCAACCUUCCUUAUUUCUUUUCUGAAGACGUGGUGGACUAUGUGCUCGAGGCGGUUGAUGCCAUCGGAAAACAUGGAUGGAAGGUGCUCUCACAGUACACGUGCGACCCUGUCAAAGGGAGUUGGACGUACGUCGGUGCUGUGGAAUCAGGUACGAUAUCGCACCAGACAGAAAGUCUGCAUGACGCCAUCUUUAGUCAAGGGAGUUUUAUUGUCCCGCCUUCCCAUUUCACGAAUACUCGACAAACCAUUCAGACAGAAGCAUUUGAGAAUGCUCUAGCGGAGGCUGAAAGUCUUUUUCAGAAGCUGGGAUCAAAGAGAGAGUUUUCAGCUGCUGCUCUUCGUGACACGGUCGGUGAGGGCGUUGGUGAUGCUGAUCUUAUUUGGUUCAUGAGACCUCACGAAGCUGCUUAUCACAUUCAGUUUCCUGACGCCGACUACGCAGCUACACGCACACCGACAGCAGCUGAUCACGUGGACGGUGAGAUGAGCCAAUCAAGGCCCACAACGGCACCGGACGGCAGGCGGCUGAUGGGCAAGGCGCCAUUUGUACCCAAGAAAUACGCAAGAGGGAUUCGGCAUAGAUUGAGAAGUGCCAAGGUACACGACAAUGAAAAUCCAGGGUUGGCUCAGCAGUCAUGUAUUAUACUGUGAAACAGAAUGACCUUUCACUACUGCCAAGGAAUGUCCAACUGAGAGAAAGUCACGCGAAAAAUUAACUUGUCACGUGAUAAAUAUCAAGUUUGACUUGAACAUCUCGACGAAACAUGCUGUUAUGGUUUUUCCAUUAUUAGGUUUAUCUAAUCGCCGCUAACAAACGUUCUUGGCCCGAUUUAUGCUUGCCAACUUAAAUAUUUUUCCUCGAUUUUAAAGAAAAAGAAAUGAUACUUUGAUUAUUGCCAGGAUGUGCUUACACCAAAACACAUGAAUUUCAAAGUUGAUAACCAAUUUGAAGUGUAGAUUUUGGGAACAAAAAAGAAAGUAAGUUUUUCUUUUAUUAUAGAUACAUAAUCUUUUGAUCCUGAUCUAUUGAUCUGUCUACACGUCAUUCAACAUUCUAAUUUUUAUCACAUUUUGUAGCUCUUUAAUCAAUUAGUAAAAAGUAAAAAUAUUUUUGUCUUCACGGUUUGUCAUUCGUUGUAUUGAAAUCUAGAUUAUGGUUAGGGGCAGCAACCCC